AAAAAACCGCAAAAAAGGAGAUUCAAAAGCUCCUUUCCACACUCUCUCCUCAUUCCUGAGAGAGAGAGAGAGGAGAGAGAAACCUUGGAUCCACAGCGAGAGAGAGAGAGUCUACUAUAUCCAAAACCCUCCCUUUCAUUCUCAUUCCUAUUUUACCCCUCCCCCUCCUAUGAAAAUACCCCUCUAAAAUCUCUCCUUCUCCCCUUUCAGAUCUCUCUCUCUCUCUCUCUCUCUCUCUCUCUCUCUCGAUGGGAGCUCGCUGCUCCAAAUUCACCCUCUGCUGGUGGCCAUCUCACCUCAAGCCCACUGUCCUCGAGUCUUCGGAUCUUGAGAAUGGUGGCAAACAUGAGAAGGAUGCCUUGCCAGGGUUUGCUGAGUACAGCUUGGAGCAGCUCAGGGCUGCGACGUCGGGGUUUGCUUCUGAGAAUAUUGUAUCUGAGCAUGGAGAGAAAGCGCCUAAUGUUGUUUAUAGAGGGACGCUUGAUGAUGAUAGGAAGAUUGCUGUCAAGAGAUUUAACCGAUCGGCGUGGCCUGAUUCUCGGCAAUUCUUGGAAGAGGCGAGGUUGGUCGGGCAACUUCGGAACGAGAGGCUAGCGAAUCUGAUUGGUUGUUGCUGCGAGGGUGAAGAGAGAUUGCUGGUAGCAGAGUUCAUGCCGAAUGAGACUCUUGCGAAGCAUCUCUUCCAUUGGGAAAGCCAACCUAUGAAAUGGGCGAUGAGAUUGAGAGUCUCUCUCUAUUUAGCACAAGCUUUGGAGUACUGCAGUAGUAAAGGGAGGGCACUCUAUCACGAUCUCAAUGCUUACAGGGUUCUCUUUGAUCAGGAUGGUAAUCCCCGGCUCUCUUGCUUUGGUCUCAUGAAGAAUAGCAGAGACGGGAAGAGUUACAGCACAAACUUGGCUUUCACCCCUCCAGAGUACUUGAGGACAGGGAGAGUUACACCGGAAAGUGUGGUCUACAGCUUUGGCACUCUUUUGCUUGACCUUCUCAGUGGAAAACAUAUUCCCCCAAGCCAUGCACUUGACCUUAUACGUGGUAGGAAUUUCCUGAUGCUGAUGGAUUCUUGCUUGGAGGGCCACUUCUCAAAUGAUGAUGGAACUGAGUUGGUGCGAUUAGCUUCUCGUUGCUUGCAAUAUGAACCUCGUGAGAGGCCAAAUGCAAAGACGCUUGUGACUGCUCUUACUUCUCUUCAGAAGGAAACAGAGGUGCCGUCCUAUGUGUUGAUGGGUAUUCCACAUGGAACUGCAUCUUCAACGCAACCAUUAUCUUUGACUCCAUUAGGAGAAGCUUGCUCUAGAAUGGAUCUCACUGCCAUACAUGAGAUGUUAGAGAAGGUUGGAUACAAGGACGAUGAGGGGGUGGCCAAUGAGCUUUCCUUUCAAAUGUGGACCAACCAAAUGCAGGAGACAUUGAAUUCUAAGAAACACGGAGACACUGCAUUCCGAGCGAAAGAUUUUGGAACUGCCAUUGAUUGCUACACACAGUUCAUCCAUGGUGGAACCAUGGUGUCUCCAACUGUAUUUGCUCGGCGCUGUUUAUCUUUCCUAAUGAGUGAAAUGCCGCACGAAGCUCUUGGAGAUGCAAUGCAGGCGCAGACUGUGUCCCCUGAAUGGCCUACCGCCUUCUAUCUCCAAGCAGCCGCCCUUUUCAGCCUUGGAAUGGAUGAUGAUGCCCAAGAAACACUCAAGGACGGCACAGCCUUGGAGGCCAAAAAGAACAGCAGAAACUAAAAAAAUGUAUAGGUUUUGCCUUUUCCUGUUCCUUUUAAAAUCUUGUAUUUAUCUUCCAUUUUUUCCCCCUUUUUUGGGUUUCUGCCAUUUGAGGUUUCUUUUGCAACAAUAGGAUUAUUUUUGGAAUUUUUUUUGGUAUUGAUGUGUUUAUGAUGUUUGUCAUUUGAUCUUGAAAUGGGCCUUUUCUGCA